CCCCGCGUCCCAGCUUGAGCUUCCUUCCACAAUUCACUCCUCUUUCUUCCCCAUUCCCAUACUAGAGUCUUCUCCUUUCUCUUCUUCUGCUCAACGGUGGGAUCGAAACCCUAGCCACACCACACCAGAGAACGAUGGGAAACUUGUUGAACAAGCAACCACCACCGCCAAUGGUGCUCGUUCCUCCUCUCUUCGACUUCCCUCCUCUCGCCGCCCGUACUAGGAUGUUGGAGUCAUCUUAUAAUAUGUUGUUCGGAAAGCUUGCUUUGAAGUGCCUCUUUGAGGAUUAUUUUGAAGAAGCAAAUCAUUUCAGGACAAUGAUCAUGCUUAAGCCAAUCGAUGAUCCAAAUGUCGAUUUAAUCGCAACCGUUUCGGGUCCGUUUGAUCACAAACCGGAUGACUCAGACUCAGACUCAGAGGAGGAUACAGUUAAAAAUGCACUUUUCCGUUGGCAAAGUGACGUUUAUGAUCCUCAUACAUUUGUUGACCUUUUCGUGUCGAGCUCUAAUCC